AUGAGAGCUUCAUUCCCACGGAUCCGAUCAUGGAUAGCACACUGCAACAGGAACCACAAUGGUUGCAUUGAAGCACAGCGACUGGGGCCUUUGUUACCAACUCGUGUUGUUGUAAUUGGUGAUGCUCCUGAUCAGCUAUAUCUUAUGGCCUCUGAAGGUGCCAGAGGUCACUAUGCGGCGAUGAGUUAUGCCUGGGGUAAGGUCUCGCCUGAACCCAUCACUACUACGCGGCACACAUGGACCAAACAUCUACAUGGAUUUUCGAUUUCAGAGUUACCACCAAGUCUUCGCGAUGGCGUGCUGACUGCAAGGAACCUCGGACUACGAUAUCUGUGGAUUGAUCGUCUCUGCAUCAUUCAGGAUUCGAUAGCGGACAAGGAGACAGAGAUGGCCAAUAUGCAACAAAUCUAUCAGAACGCUUACUUGACGAUCGUUGCAGCAUGUGCAUCUAGCUCAGCAGAGAGCUUUCUGAAUAUACGAGAUGCACAUUCUAGUGUCAUCACCCUUCCGGUGUUCUGCUUGAACCCGGAUUCUGUUGGCCGCGAUCGAAUUCGUGAAGAUGGUUCCGUCCAACUUUGGCACAAAGACUCCUCGCAAGGCUGCGAACCACUGUAUGAACGAGCUUGGACCCUUCAAGAGACUUUUCUUGCACCCCGACUGCUCAUUUACAGUCGUGAUUGUUGCUUCUUCAAGUGCCUUGGUGGCCACCAGUGUGACGACCCAGCUAUCGACUGGAACACCUACUGCGCAAAGGCUGGCCUGAAUUCUACCCGUAUGAUGCACCAAGGAAAGCUCACGCGACCGUCAUUAAGCGCCCAGGCGCCUGGGAUACACUCAAUCAUAAACUCCACCUCCAUGCAAGCAAACAAGCUACCGGAACACUUCCGAGCCUGGAAGCGCAUAGUCAGGGACUACAGCAUGAGGGCUCUAAGCGACCCAAUGGACAAGCUCCCUGCCCUGUCAGGGGUUGUUUCUUAUAUGCAGAGUGAGAUGAAAGACGAAUGUCUUGCAGGGCUCUGGCGACGUCAUCUCCUGCGUGAGGUGACAUGGAUGUCGAAAGGUGCCACUCGCUCGGAAGUUUGGCGCGCGCCCUCCUGGUCAUGGAUGUCGCUUGACGGACCACUCAGC